AUGGCCCCCUCUCUGACCACCCUGGGGAAGCUGCCUGUGGUGCGCUGUCGGCUGCUGCAGCGCUACGAGCACCAGCCCUUUGUCUCAUGCCUGGCUGGCCUCUACGGCUGUCAAUGGAGACGCUACCAGAGGACCCGUGCCACGCCGGGAGACUGCUGCUGCAGCAAGGUCAGGGAUGUCAGGGGUCAAGCAGGGACGGGGGGAUUGAGUUCCCAAUUGGAAUGUGCCAGCUUUGCACUCCUCAUCGUGACAUUCUGUCUCACACUGGUCUUCCUCUACUUCUGGAGUGAAGCUCAGAAUGACUACAAUGAUUUUGACUGGUUUAACUUUGGGAACCUGGGUUUCUGGUUCCCCUGGUCUGUGGUGUUGCUGGUCAUCGCUGCCGCCUUCUUCAGCUACGUCACUCUGCUGCUGCUGUUGGCUGUGUGUCUGCUGUCAGAGGGACAGAAGCUGUACCUACACUGGGGCCACAAGAUUGGGGUCCUGGUGACGGCACCAUAUUUACACGUGGGAGGAGUCUUGCUGAUGACACUCCUGUCCUGGCCAAUAACCUUGCAUUUCUACGACAUCAAUAGGAAAGUUGGACAGGUGCUCAUCAUGGGGCUGUACAUGGCGGUGCUGUGUGCCCUCUACCUGGUGCCCCUGGGCAUGUACUCACCCUGCCUUAAAGAGGAGGGCACUCUGGGCCUCGCACCAGCCCUCAUCGGGCACAGAGGGGCACCCAUGCUUGCGCCAGAGAACACUCUCAUGUCCUUUGAGAAGGCGGUGGAGGCUGGAGGGCAAGGUCUAGAGACUGACGUCACCAUCAGCUAUGACGGGGUGCCCUUCCUGAUGCACGACCACACCCUGAGGAGGACCACCAACGUGCAGGAGGUGUUCCCCAACCGGACGGACGCCCCUGCGGCCAUGUUCACCUGGGGGGAGCUGGAGACCCUCAACGCCGGGGCCUGGUUCCUCCAUCGUGACCCGUUCGGCACGGCUUGGUCUCUGGGUACCGAGGACCGAGCGCAGGCGCAGAACCAGUCUGUUUGCACCUUCAAGGACUUUCUGGAGCUGGCUUCACAGAGAGGCAAACAGGUUAUCUUUGACCUCUACCGGCCCCCUAAGGGACACCCCUACAGGGACACCUGGAUCACACGCACCCUGGAGGUCAUCCAGAAUGAGUCUUCCAUCCACUCACACCAAGUGUUGUGGCUGCCCUCAAACCUGCGGAGCCUGGUCCAGCAGCUGGACCCUGACCUCCAGCAUACAUCGGCGUCCCGGGCUCCAGUUGAGGAGCUCCAGCAGAAUCACAUUGUCCAACUCAACCUGCACUAUAGCUCCAUGUCCACAGAUAUGAUAAUUGAAUAUGCAGCGGCCAACAUCAGCACCAACCUGUAUGUGAUCAGCCAGUCGUGGCUCUACUCUCUGGCCUGGUGCACUGGGGCUCAGUCUGUCACCACCAAUGCUCUACAGUUCCUCAACAACCUCAGUAGACCCCUCUUCCUUAUGACUCCAGGUGAGUACAAUCUGAUGUGGGUCCUCACCGACGUGGUGUCCAUCACCAUCAUCUUCAUCAUCUUCAUCUUCCACUGGUGGCGAGAACAAAGCCUGGCUUUCUGUUCGGGCAGCAAACCCACACUAGAACAUGGCACCUACAUCAAGUUCAGGACAGAUGUGUGGUCCGUCUCCAGUGUCAACAUCCUGGGAGAGCCCGCUCGAAGCCCGCUGGCCACUGAGCCUAACUUGGCAACCGUCUCAGAGCACUGA